AUGUAUGAAAUCCAACAUGGCCGACAUGCAGCCUGUCAGUGUUGGGAAAGGACCAGCAAGACAUGUUCUAAGCUUUGUUACACUAGUUGUGUGUCUGAUUAAACACAUGUAGGUGUGAGGUUUGUACAUUUAAUUAAAGAGAACUAAAGUUUUAAUUGUAUUGAAAAACGAUUAAUCUUUGGGCAUCAACAAAGGCGAAUCACUGUGAUAUUAUUCAGGGGGAAAUGGCUGCGUCCGCCAUUGCUGCUGUUAAUGCUUAUUCUUCCACUCACUCAGCCAUGUUAUGACGUAAGAAUCCUAUCGCUAAGAAGGUCCUAAUUUAAAGAAGGUAUCGUGAAUUAGCUCACAGCCCCUUCGAAAUUCUUUAUUAUGAUAAUAAUGACAAUGGAGUGUCACAAAAACAUGGGUAAAUGAUUAUUUAUUUUUAUUCUUUCCCAAACAGAAAGAAGCAACAAAGUCAUGAUAUCCCUCCGCUGCUGUUGGAGCGUCAUCAGUUCCCCGGAUGUAAAGUGUCAUGGCUGCCGUCGCUGUGGUUCCACAGAGAGGAGAGGGAAGGAAGGCGACUCUUUCUACUCUUUCUGUAUGCACGAGAGUGACCGUCACUGUGUUUUAAACCUCUCCACUCGUUUCCGUGAUGUCGGACUCGGACUGGGACGCUGCCGCGACUUCCAUCGAGUUCAUAACGACGUGGCAGUGCGACAGGCUUCUCCUCCUCUCAGACCACAUUCAUUGAUGUUUUCCUGACGGGACAUAGAUAUCUGCAACUAUGGAAGAGGACGACCUCGUCAUACCUCACGACUCCACCAAACACUGCAGCUUAUCAGUACUAGAGAAUGAAAAGGUAACAGACUUUGUGUAUAAGAAUUUCACAGACGUAACUGACGAGUCGCUCUUCUGUCAUGGAGAAGAAUCUUCCAACAAGGAUCGUGAGAGUUCCCCCCAAAAAACAAGACAAACUCUGGGUAAAGGCCACUGUAAGAUCCAACAACAAGGGGCUUUCUUCACCGGGAAGAUCCUGAGUUUCGGAUGCCUUGUCUGUAAAGAUGAGUUCACCUACAGUCCCAACGACCUCCUCAAACAUUUCCAAGUGGCUCAUGAAGGAACUCUUCCGACGUACCCUUGUGAUCUUUGUGGAUUUGUCACACAUGAGUUUUCUGCUCUUCAACGCCACCGAAUAGAGCACAAAAACACCCUUGUUACAUGUGAGUUGUGCAAUGACGGUGUUCAGUACUCUCUGCUUCUGGUCACCAGACACUACAUGAUGCGUCACAGUCAGAAUGGACACUUUAAGUGUGAUUGGUGUGACUUUACGACCAAGGACGCUGGGACGUUCGUUCAGCACCUCCAUCAUCACAACGAGAACCACUGGAGGUGUCUGAAAUGCAGACACAUCAGCCUGAGUGAGGAUGAUCAUCAGAAGCACAUCAAAGCCCACUCAGGUGUUUUUCCCUUCAGGUGUCUGGUCUGUGGAUUUGGUGCUGUGAGGAACGAGGACCUGAAAAAACACAUGGCAGCUGUUCACAAACAGAUGGUGGAGAGGAGACCCCUGAAGACCUUUGAAGACGGUGGCCUCUCCACAUCAUCAGCACUCAAACUAAUGCUGAAAAAGAGUGGACAUUUCCAGGAUACCCAGAAAAUAUCAAAUUCAAACUGCCUUCCUGGGAUUUUACCAAACCAGAACGGCAGGUUAGUUCACGAGGAGCAGUUCGUUGAGGAGUACCAGCACUCUGUUGAUGGAACUGUGUCUAAAAACAAUGGUUCUCAUAUCAGCGAUCAGUCCACCUCUGUCAUGUUACAGGACGCUGAUGUCUCUGCAAGUUCCGAUGCUGUGAAUCACAAAAACCCAAAUGGACUCACGGUUCUGAUGCUAAAAAACAAAAUCUCUAUUCCUCCCAACUGUACGACCAAAGUGAUGGGAUUCAAAAUGGUCGAUGGCAAAAAGCACUUGGUUCUCAAAGUCAUUCAAUCAGGAAAAUCAGAUUCAAAAGUGUCAGCUGAGGAACUGUCUCCCAGUACCGAUCACAGUAACGACUCCAUUGAGAAUGGGGACUGUUUGGAUCAUCGCAGUUCUACACCACCUUCUAAAAAACCCCAUUUCUGUUCACCUAUGGAUCCAGAUGACAUUGUGGCAGUGAAGGUUAAGAUGGAGGAAGAAGAAACAGCCGUCUGUAACCUGGAUGUAGCCUCCAUUCACAGUACCGAGGGCCAAAAUGAUCAUUGGCACAAAAUGUCUUCAAAUGGUUCAGAUUCCAUGACAAAUGACAACAUUGUCCACCACGUUCAUUUAAGUCAAACAGUGAGGUCAGAGAAAAGUAGGUUUGAUGACUCUGAUCCAGUCCCGCACAACGCUGGUACUACAUCACUUUGUUCUGAUUCAGAAGUUGGAGUUGUUGAGGAAACAGAAGUCUCCAAAUCUGUGUUAACACUGACCGACGCAGACUCAGAAAAUCACAGAAGUUUUUCCUUUCAUAAUUAUCACCAGGUUUGUCAUAGUUCCCCAGAAAGUACUUAUGAGCUCAGCUUUAAGAGUAAAGAUAGAAACGGUGAGCAAAACUCAACCGAGCCGUCCAGUUUCAACCCGGCUCUUCUCAGAGAACGGGUGGUGAGCUCUGAGAACCUCACUCAGAGUUCUGCUAACCAGGACGUCUUCACCUUUCAUAACUACUCCAAGGACAAGUGUGGGUCUUCACUCCCCACCCUUCUUAGCUUUAACAAAACAUUGAAACCUUCAGCUGACAGGGAAAGUACAUGUGAGGUCUCAAAGGUUAGUCUCACACACACAGACCCGCCAGAACCGCUCACACAAAACACUUUAGAAGAACCGUGUCAGAACACCCCAGAUGCUACAGAGCAGGAGUCUGGCAGCCAUGACAGUGAGGAAUUAUCUAGUGUUUAUGAUCCUUUAACUGAGGAUGACAACUUUGACUUAGUGCUCCAGGAAUUUAACAUAAUCAAAGUUGAGGACGACUGCGUUCCUAUAUCCAAAAAUAUACCCGAGACUAAAAGUAAUGUAACGUCCUUUGGUUCUGUCGUAGAAAAACAUUCGGAGGCAAUCAUUUCCCAACAACUGGACACUGAAAGGUUAAAAUGUUCAAACUCUAGCGGAGAAUCUUUAAAACAAACCAAAACAACUCUAAGAAUUCUUCAACUGCCCGAUGGUAAGAAACCAGUUCUCCUGAGGACUUCAGAGAACCGACUGGCCGUGCCAGUGCAGGUCAAGUCAACUCCUGGAUUCAAAUUGUUGACAAACUCUGCACACCCUCAGAUCAAUGUGUCCUACUUGAAACCUGGGGUAGAAACAUUAACUAGCCAAAGUAGUGUAACUCUAAAACCCAGUAGCACUUUAGCAGUGUCCAGUCCAAAGGCAGGCACUGCGGUCAAAGGGACUACUCUUUAUUCUCCUGUCCCACCAGGAAUCAGUUCCUCCUCAAGUCAGUACUUCAUCAACAGUCCAACAGGUUUAAAGGGCCCAGUGCUCCUGUCAAGUACUCCACAGAAUACACAAAAAGACAAAUCUGUAAAGACCCAACCUACCUGUUACUUGUUACAGAAGUCUGUUCCAGCCGUCCCCUCCCCUAGUACUCCUGCCCUCAGAUUAGCCAGUACUCCCCUCUCACUGAACUCCAGGCCUGUUCUUGCCAUGCCAGUCAACUCUGCAGACAAAUCCAGGACACUGCAGUCGGGCCGACAGGCUUUCCUGCUCCGCUACAUCUCCCCGCCUAAACCUGGCGCUGUUCUGAACAACCAGGUCACAAAGGCAGGGACACAUCAGUUCAGUCAGAGCAUGGAGAACACGUCAAACAAAGUCAUAUUUAAGUUGGUUACUCCUACAAGUAGCCUUCUGCAAAGUGGUGCUCCCCUCAACAGUCAGCCUUUGUUGUUGGCCACCAGACCUCAGACCCAGUGUUUUCUGGUGGCACCAAACAAAGCUCACGUUAAUGCCUCCAAUGGAGUCGGCAAACUUAUCUCUGUCCAAAAAGAUGUCAAGGAACCUUCUCAGAUGAAUGUAAAGGUGCAGUCAUGUGACGCAGAGAAGCCAAUGUUAGCGCCACGGUCCAUCCGACCGCCAAGCCAAAGGAAACGACGCAGGAAAGCCUUGUUUGAUGACGAAUACCCAACAACGGGACAUAAAGUCAGGAGACUCUCCAACAGAGCAGCCAGUGAAAAAGAGGCAGUGCUUCUAUGGAGGCCUGUGGCCAAAGAGGUGGAGCGGACCCUGCGCCUGGCACCCUUCAGCUCUCUGCAGCAGGUCAAAUGUCCUCGCAGGUACCAGCCUGUGGUGGUGCUCAACCAUCCAGAUGCCGACAUCCCAGAGGUGGCCAACAUCAUGAAGGUGGUCCACAGACACAGAGGUUCUGUUAGCAAGGUCUCCUUGUCUCAGAGAACUGUUCAAGCACUGGCUGAACUCGGUGCUCCAGGGACAAGCUGUUCUACCAAAGUCGGGUCUUCUCAAAGAGAGGGUCUGAGAUCUCGUCCAGUUCAGAGUUCGGUCAGAGAACGGUUCCUUCUGAAAAUGAUGUUGAGGAAAAAAAGCAGAAAGAAAUAUGAGGUAGUAGAACCGAGCGGUGGGCGGAACUGUGUGGUGUUUGACUGUUGGUUCUGUGGUCGUCUCUUCAACAGUCAGGAGGACUGGAUUGGACAUGGUCAGAGACACCUGAUGGAGGCCACUAGAGACUGGAACAAACUUUUUUAGACCACUGCGUCCUGGACGGUGGGACAAAAAGAUAGAAGUUGUAUAUUUUUAAAGACUGAACAUUUAUGAAAGUUGGUUUACUAUGUCAGGACACGUUCUCAUGUCAAUCAAAGUUUUAUCUUUUCACAAAGGUGCUUAUUCUUGUCAAGUAGCUAGUGCUAACAUGACUUCUAAGCUAGCUGCACAGGUCACUCUGAGCUGUGACUCUGGUACACUGUAACUGAGAAGCACUGCUUUUAUAAGGGGAGGGGUCAAUAAUGGAGGAGGUUCAGAUACUCAGGUGAUUUCACAUUCAUUUGAUAUUUUUAAACACAGUCACACAAACCAGACUCUGUUUAGUUAAAGGGACUUUUGUAUAUUUUGUUAGAAAACUGUACAGUAAAACUUUUAUGGUUGUUUUUUUUUUUGUGAUAGAA